GUGAUUUUUGACCGGGUCACCCAGUAAACAGCCUGCAGUCAGCCGAGGGAGGACCAGCGCGAACUCGCCGCAACAUGAACGAUCCUGACGCAGGGAGCGCACUUGGCUUGACUGAUAUGUGCACUUGACUUUAGACAAGACCUGAUACCAGCACCACCACCAGCAGCAGCAGCAAACAUGUCUCGUUUCGUAUCCCGUCUCUUUGUGGUCGUUUCUCAGCAUGCGACAUCCAGAUCUACCGUGCUACCGAGGAGGAUCCCGGUGUUCAUCCGAGCUGUAUCCACGUCUCAAGGCCUGCAGUCUCUUACCCGUUAUGAUGAGAUUAAAGACUGGCAAAAGAAACUGACCCCGGAGCAGUAUGUAGUCACCAGAGAAAGAGGCACUGAGGUGCCCUUUAGUGGGAUCUACCUUAACCAUUCAGAAGUGGGGAUGUACCACUGUGUCUGCUGUGAUGCUCCACUUUUCAGUUCAGAGGCUAAGUAUGACUCUGGGACAGGCUGGCCAGCAUUCAAAGAGGCUCAUGGGACAUGGGAGCGGGAUGAAAGCCACACCUCCAUCAUUCGUCGCCCUGACAACAGUCUGGGGAGUGCAGGGACAGAGGUCCUUUGUAAAAAUUGUGAUGCCCACCUGGGUCAUGUGUUUGAUGACGGACCGGAACCAGCAGGUCACCGCUUCUGUAUCAACAGUGUGGCCCUCACGUUUAAAGCCAGAGGAAACAACAAUGAGCCUGAGGAAAACUGAUGAAUUACACAGACCAAGAAGUGUGAGGCUUUAUGUGGCACAACAUGUUUUAAUGUUUCAAUUUAGGUGGAAAUUAACUUCCUGUGGUCCAUUAAACAGAAAGAAACUGAGCUAAGGUCAGUCUUGUUCAGACAAUAUGGAUUUAUGCACUGGAGCGAAGUCUACAAAUCUGCUGAGCAUACAUUGCAUGAUUCACACAAAGACCACCAGCUCUUUCAAUCACACUUCCAAGCCAAGUUUCUUUUUUUUCCAAUUUUUUUUUAUCAUGUUUUAAUUUUUAAUAAGAAAAAAAACCAAUGUUAACUUAAUGACGUCUGUCCCUAAGUAUGUGAUGUAUGUGUAAGUGUGUAGUAAUUAGACACUUCAGUGUAGGACAUAGUGGCUAACCAAUUAUUGUUACAAAAAAUGAUUAUGUCUUACUUGCCUUCAUGUCUGAAAAAUGUCAAAAUACACUGGGCCUUAAUUAAAAAGACCUCUUUUUCAGUGGAGAUUGCAAAACACAGGAAGUGCUGACAUGGUUGUUUUGUGUGUUUUUCAGUCUGGUGCCAAAUUUGCAGAUCAAAUUGACUUGUCUGUGUUGGAAUCAUGAAAAUGUGACUGAUCAUUUGACAAUAAAUGCACAUUUUGUUUUGUCUUUGAAUCUAUG